AUGACGACGAGCCAGGACGUGGUUGUUUCGGAGAUGGGCAUUGGGGCGGGCGGGGCGGCCAUGCCGGGCUCCGGCGCCGCGGGCCUCUUCGCGUGCCGCAGCGCCGCCAGCGCCGGGGCCAUGUCCAUGCGGCAGACGUACCGCGACCUCGCCGCCGCCGCCGCGCGCUCCGCGAACUGCACAUGGGCCGAGCUCGAGGCCAUGCGCGCCGCCUCGCCCACCCGCUCCCGCCCCGGCGCCGACGUCGACGAGCUCACGGCCUGGAUGAGGAAGCACCCGUCGGCGCUAGGCAAGUUCGAGCAAAUCGCCAGCGCGUCCAAGGGGAAGAAGAUCGUCAUGUUCCUCGACUACGACGGCACCCUCUCGCCCAUCGUCGCCAACCCCGACGCCGCCUACAUGAGCGACGCGGAUGAGGGAGGCGGUGCGCGACGUUGCGAAGCACUUCCCGACGGCGAUCGUGAGCGGGCGGUGCCGCGACAAGGUGCACAACUUCGUCGGCCUCUCCGAGCUGUACUACGCCGGCAGCCACGGCAUGGACAUCCAGGGACCAGGCUCCAAUCCCGAGUCUGUCCUGUGCCAGCCCGCAAGCGAGUUCCUCCCCAUGAUCGACGAGGUGUACAAGGUGCUUGUGGAAAAGACGAAGUCCACACCUGGAGCCAAGGUGGAGAACAACAAGUUCUGCCUGUCCGUCCACUUCAGAUGUGUGGAUGA